CUCAAUUGAUUUGAAGCGGUGCUUGGAAAGAAGAAAUAAAGGAGGUAAUUAAUUAACAAAAUGGGUUCUUUGGCCAAAACAAAGAAGAAACCUCAUGUUGUGUGUGUUCCAUAUCCAGCACAAGGUCACAUAAACCCAAUGCUCAAACUAGCAAAACUUCUUCAUUUUAAAGGUGGUUUUCAUGUUACAUUUGUUAACACCGAAUAUAAUCACAAACGUCUUCUCAAAUCUAGAGGUCCUAAUUCUCUAAAAGGUGUCCCCUCUUUUUGCUUUGAAACCAUUCCUGAUGGUCUACCUGAGUCUGAUGUGGAUGUGACACAUGAUAUUCCUUCCUUGUGUGACUCUACUAGAAAAAUUUGCCUACCUCACUUUAAAAACCUUAUUUCAAAACUCAAUAAUGCUUUUGACACCCCUCCUGUUGUUACAUGCGUAGUUUCUGAUGGUUGUAUGAGCUUUACUUUGGAUGCUGCACAAAAAUUUAACAUCCCUGAAGUCCUAUUUUGGACAACUAGUGCUUGUGGUUUUAUGUGCUACCUUCAAUAUCGUCAACUCAUUGAAAAGGGCUUAACACCCCUCAAAGAUUCAAGUUAUAUGACAAACGGGUAUUUGGAAACUACCAUAGAUUGGGUACCAGGCAUAAAAUAAAUUCGAUUAAAGGAUAUCCCAAGCUUCAUCAGAACAACAGAUCCAAAUGAUCUUAUGCUUGAUUUUUUGUCCGUAGAAUGCCAGAGAUCUCAAAAAGCAUCGGCAAUAAUUUUGAACAUGUUUGAUGCCAUAGAGCACGACGUUCUAGAAGCAUUUUCAUCGACUAACUUACCUCCAGUCUAUUCCAUUGGUCCCUUAAAUUUUCUCUUAAAAGAUGUCACUGAUAACGAAUUGGACACAAUUGGUUCCAAUCUUUGGAAAGAGGAGACAAAGUGUUUGGAAUGGCUCGAAAGCAAAGAACCCAACAGUGUUGUUUAUGUCAAUUUUGGAAGCAUCACUGUUAUGACAAGUGAACAAAUGGUCGAGUUUGCUUGGGGAUUAGCUAAUAGCAAGAAAACAUUUUUGUGGGUCAUAAGGCCAGAUCUUGUAGCUGAUGAAAAAGCUGUUCUGCCUCUAGAGUUUUUGGAAGAGACAAAAGAUAGAGGUUUAUUGUCAAGUUGGUGUCCACAAGAGGAAGUGUUGGGUCAUCCAUCAAUUGGGGGUUUUUUGACACAUAAUGGUUGGAAUUCAACAUUGGAAAGCGUAUGCGGGGGUGUUCCAAUGAUAUGCUGGCCUUUCUUUGCAGAACAACAAACUAAUUGUCGAUUUUGUUGUAAUGAAUGGGGAAUUGGUUUGGAAAUUGAAGAUGCUAAGAGAGAUAAGAUAGAGGGACUUGUGAGGGAAUUGAUGGAUGGGGAAAAGGGUAAAGAAAUGAAAGAGAAAGCGUUGAGGUUGAAAGAAUUGGCUAAAGAUGCUGCCUCUGGACCAUAUGGAUCAUCAUUUGUGAAUUUUAAGAAUCUUAUUCGUCACGUUUUGUUGUGAUAAAACUCCAAAAUGUUUAUGACUUUCUUCUUGUUCUUCUUGUUGUAUGUUUGUUUGAGGAGAAGUGUCCUAGUUUGGUGUUUCGAUUUAUUGCUAAUAAUGUUUAUGAAUAUUUUGUUUUAAUUGAUUAAUUCACUCACUCCACAUGGAUCAUCAUUUGUGAAUCUUGAGAAUCUAA